AUGGGCUCGAGCGCUAAGAAGAAAAGGGAGAAGAAGAAGGACUUUCAGAAGCCCAAGCUGAAGGUCGGCAAGGACAGGCCAAAAGCCGCCAACCAUACCGAUACGAAAUUUCGAGCCAAAGCUAUCGUUCUCAAUCAGCAGCUCAAUGUCGAUGCGCCGUCCACAAUCAACCAAUUCCAGCAUCACCUUUCUCUGGUAUCAUCCAAAUCCGAGAGCCAGCGGAGGGAGGCAUUAGCGUUUCUCACCACUUAUAUCUCCAGUGCGAAGUCGAGAAAGGAUUCGAAUUUGCCCGUCACAGGGGCCGCCCUGAUCGAAAAACUAUGCCCUUGCAUUUUGGAUUCCAAUAACGCCGUGCGCUUGCAGGUCGUGAAACUGCUUCACUCGCUGUCUGCCUCGGACUUACAGGAUCAUGUACCACGUCUAUUGCCUCACGUUCGGGCUGGCAUGACCUCCAUGUCAAAGGACGUUCGAGCUUCGGGGCUGGAUAUCUUAUCCCUGCUCAUCGCAACUGUGCCGGAAGAGCUAGUAAGUGGUCCUGGCGGCUGGUACUCGACGCUUGAGUGCUUCAUGAUCAUGUUAGCGUGGCGAAGCUCAGAGAUCAAAAAGUGGACAAUGUCCAAGCCGGCCAUGGGAGAACCGAAGACAACAGCAAGAAUUAUCGUUGCGCUGUCGGAAUUUCUUGAGGCCGGUCUUGCCGACAAACGAACAAAAGACGAGGAAAAUAGAGCUGCGGCAAACUUCCCUUACUGGGACCUGGACCAUCACAGGAUUUCUACUAAAUCCAAUGCUUACGACUACCUGAACUUAUAUGGAACGAUCCGGGAUGAGAAGACAGAGAUGCUCGAGGAUCGCGAAGAUCGACUGCGGGUCUACGACGAGCACUUUCGAUACCAGAUCGAGACAGGCGUCGCACCAUGUAGAAAAGAAGGAGGAGAAAUUGGACGUGCAUCUGGACUGCUUUCGAAGGUCCUGGAGCGAUACACAACACAAAGUCCUCCCUGA